AAUCAGCCGAAAUGCGUUUGAUCUGAGAAGCCGUUGAGCACGACAUACUCUUAGUAUAGAGCCGUAGGCGAGACAAUGUUUUAAGUACUUAUUGUCAUGAUCAUAUGUUAUCGUUCCUAUCUUAAUCGCCACCAUGAUCAACACCGCCAACGGUACCAUGUCCCCAUCUUCGUCGGCCAACGCACAAGCCCCUGGCCUCAAGACUUAUUUUAAGACUCCAGAAGGUCGUUAUAAGGUUCAAUAUGAGAAGAGUCAUCCUUCCGGUCUCCUUCACUACGCUCAUGGUAAAACCGUCACUCAGGUAACUUUGGCACAUCUCAAGGACAAGCCAACGCCUUCAACACCAACUGGUACAUCUUCAAGUUUCAGCGCCACUAGCGGGGUAAGGUCUGCAGCAGCUAAAUUGUUGGGAGGAAGCAACGGAAGCCGAGCACUUAGUUUUGUUGGAGGGAAUGGUAGCAGCAAGAAUGCUGGAGUAAACAGUAGAAUUGGUUCCCUUGGAGCCUCAAGCACAAGUAAUUCGAUGCUUAUUUCAAAUUUCGAUGGAAAAGGAACUUACUUGAUCUUUAAUGUUGGUGAUGCAAUUUUCAUAAGCGAUCUGAAUUCUCAGGACAAGGACCCCGUUAAGUCUAUUCACUUCAGUAAUUCCAAUCCUGUGUGCCAUGCAUUUGAUCCGGAUGCUAAGGAUGGGCAUGAUUUACUUAUUGGUUUGAACAACGGUGAUGUCUACUCAGUGUCACUUAGACAGCAGUUACAGGAUGCUGGCAAAAAGCUUGUUGGAGCUCAUCAUUACAACAAAGAUGGUUCCAUCAAUAACAGUCGAUGCACUUGUAUAGCUUGGGCACCGGGAGGUGAUGGUGCUUUUGUUGUAGCUCAUGCUGAUGGGAAUUUGUACGUAUAUGAAAAGAGCAAAGACGGUGCUGGUGAUUCAUCAUUCCCAGUUAUCAAAGAUCAAACACAAUUUUCUGUUGCACAUGCACGUUAUAGUAAGAGUAAUCCAAUAGCCAGAUGGCACACAUGCCAGGGGUCAAUCAAUAGCAUGUCUUUCUCGCCAGAUGGGGUAUACUUAGCAACUGUUGGAAGAGAUGGUUAUUUACGAGUGUUUGAUUACUCGAAAGAACAACUUAUAUGUGGGGGCAAAAGUUAUUAUGGUGCUUUAUUAUGUUGUGCUUGGAGCAUGGAUGGAAAAUAUAUCUUGACUGGAGGAGAAGAUGAUUUAGUUCAAGUUUGGAGCAUGGAAGAUCGCAAGGUUGUGGCAUGGGGUGAGGGGCACAACUCAUGGGUCAGUGGAGUGGCUUUUGAUUCAUAUUGGUCCUCACCAAAUUCAAAUGACAAUGCAGAGAGUGUUAUGUAUAGGUUUGGUUCUGUUGGCCAGGAUGCUCAAUUGCUUCUGUGGGACUUGGAAAUGGAUGAGAUAGUAGUACCAUUAAGACGUCCUCCUGGUGGAUCUCCGACGUACAGUACCGGAAGCCAGUCAUCCCAUUGGGACAAUGUCGUCCCAUUGGGCACGCUGCAACCUGCUCCAAGCAUGCAGGAUGUGCCUAAAAUCUCACCACUGGUCGCUCACCGUGUGCAUACUGAACCACUAUCAAGCGUGAUAUUUACUCAGGAAUCUGUACUUACUGCCUGCAGGGAGGGGCACAUAAAAAUCUGGAUGAGACCUGGGGUUGCCGACAGCCAAUCAAACAACACCGAAACAUUGUUAUCUAGCAGCCACAGAGAGAAAUCUACACUGUCAAGCAAGGCUGGUAAUUCUAGUUACAAGCAAUGACUAGAUGUUGCCAAUCUAAAGGGAAUUUUAGCUUCCUUCUUCUUUUUCCUUUUCUUGAUAUGGUUGUUUAUGUUUUAAUCCGAUUGGUUUCAUAAUUUAAGGUGUUUAUACUAGUAAGAUGAACCAAAGUGGUUCUAUUGUAUAUCCAGGGAUGAGAAUGCCAUUGACGGCAUUGAGGAUGGGUAGGAGAUUUUUCUUCCUCCUCCUCCUCUGUAAUUACAAAACGGCUUUUUUCGUUUUCCCCUCUUUAGGACAUUCCUAACGACAGGAAUAAUCUGAAAUUCUUAUUUGUUGCACUUUCAUAUAACCUUGAGAGAUUUUCAACUGCUUGGCAUUCCUCCUUUGGAUUUUUGA